AUGUUGUCUCAAAUAAAAAACAGUUCCAAUGGAAAGCUGGAGGGUAAAAGAUCAAAGGAACUGAUGUCAUCUUCCAGCCUUUCGGGCAUGUCACAGUUAUCAAAUAGUAGUGAAGAGGCUUUAGAACCUUUUGUUAAUUGUUCCCACAUCGGUGAGCCAGACAGUACAACGAAGGACAAAAAUCCGCAAAGCAAAGAAUGGCUAUUGAACGGACCAACUGGGAACAAGACGUCCGUCUUACGCUUCAAAUGCUCGGCAUUGUCAACGCCUCCGGAAGAAUCACCAGCGAAGCAGCUUCACAUGACCUACAAGAUUUUCCAGACUGACACCAAACUCAUCAGUUUGCUUCUUCAGUCGCAUGGAUUUUCAGAGGUGUCAAUAAACGAAAAUGAUUUUAAUCUUCUGUGGAUGGGCAAUCACCCGAAACCGGAUGUCCUUCGCAAUCUGACUCCAUACCAAAAAGUGAAUCACUUUCCAAGAUCCUAUGAAAUAACAAGAAAGGAUCGCCUAUAUAAGAACAUCGAGGCAAUGCAAAGAAGCAAAGGAGUUCGAAAUCUGGAUUUCAUCCCUCAGACGUUUCUUCUCCCCAGCGAAUCAAAAGAGCUUAUUACUGCACAUUUUCGGUAUCGAGGUCCCUGGAUAGUCAAACCGAAAGCAAGCUCUAGGGGUCGGGGAAUUUAUAUUGUUAAUAGUCCGGAAAAAAUUUUGACGGAUGAAUCUGUGAUAGUAGCGCAGUAUAUAAAUAAUCCUCUUUUGGUUGACGGACACAAAUGCGAUUUGAGAUUGUACGUGGCAGUAACGAACUAUGAUCCGCUUCUAAUUUAUCUCUACGAAGAAGGAUUAGUAAGACUUGCAACUGUCAAAUACGAUGGAGGCAAUCAGUACGUCUGGAAUCCCUGCAUGCAUCUCUGCAAUUACAGCAUCAAUAAAUUCCACGUAGAUUAUGUCAAAAAUGAAGAUCCGGAUGCGGAAGAUGUUGGGCACAAGUGGACAUUGUCGGCUCUGCUUCGACACUUACGAUCCACUGGUCAGGAUACGGAACUGCUGAUGCAGCAGAUAGAGGAUAUCAUAAUAAAAUCUAUUCUUGCCACAGCUUCUGGUAUAGUAAGCGGAAUCAAGCAAUUUGUGAAGCAUCCGGACGCUUGUUUUGAAUUGUUUGGAUUUGACAUCCUGAUCGACGAUACUUUGAAACCCUGGUUGCUGGAAGUCAAUUUGACUCCGUCUUUGGGAUGUGACUCUCCAUUGGACGUGAGAGUGAAAUCUGCUUUAAUCGCGGACCUGCUUACCCUCGUGGGCAUCCCCGCUGUCGAUCCUAUCCUAAGACCUCAGGCUGCGAGUCACAAUAAAUUUAAAAGUCCUACUAAAAAAAUGACUAGUUAUAGAAGAGUUCACUCAGCUGAGGCUUUACCUCAGAAGAAGAAAACUACCUCAAAGAAUGCCUUGAAUAAAACGGGCCUUACUUCUGAGCAACAGCGAAUAGUAGCUUCGGCUAAGGCGCAAUUUGAGCGCAGAGGCGGCUUCGUGCGAAUUUUUCCAAGUCCAAAGUCUUGGGAAAUGUAUGCUCAGUAUUUGGAUCCAAUAACCGGAAUACCAGUAGUUACGGAUCCUUUGGGCCCAGGAAGAGUGCCACCGCACAUUAACACGAAUCACAAUCUGAUGCUUCAUGAGCAGCUAUUUCCCGCAGCUAGUCGUACGACGGGUUUUAUAAUUCCGGAAGUCAAGUUAGAUAGGCUUUCCAGAUACGAGAGGUACGAACGUGCGCUUCUAAAAGGCCACAAGGAAAGUUUGGAUCGAGGAGACAGCAAAGAGAAUAUCGAUAUUGAUAGUCAAAAGUACAAAGCUCAAGUAAUGCAAUUAAUGCAAGAAGGCAACAAAUUAAGCCCCGGGGAAGCGAGGAAAGCUUUUGGUCUAUAUUUAGGAUUUAUAUUACGUAAAAUAUCUCAACCAAACGCCGACCCAAUUUGUUGUGAUCUUGUGACCAAGUUUUUGCAGCAAUCGUCUAGUAAUUUAAGGACGCCCUUCUUAUUUACUUUGCCAAAUAGUAAGUUGGGUGAUAAAGACAGAGCAGCCGUGACUGCCAAGCAGUUGUCGGAUUUUUUGCAUCUUUAUAACAGAGAAACUGAACUUUAUGCCGAUACCGUUGACCGGCCUCGGACUAUACCUAACAGACUUUUCCAAAAGUUUCUCGCUGCAGCGAGUGAGGAAGACCUGGAUGACGUGUUAAUUUUGCAAACCCGCCUUUACAACUGUGCUCACAGCUUUUUGGGCAGAAGUGGCUUCGCUGGAAGUCUUCGUGGGCCUAAUCUUCUUUGUUGCUUGCCUCACAUCACCUCUCGCGUUCAUUCUAACGCUAUUGCCAAUGAGCAAUGCAAAUGCAACCAGACUGUCAGUCGACCGACGAAAGCGCCCAGAACAUAGUUCCGCGUUCAGCCUUAUAUUCUUGUAGUUUCAAAUUUAUAAUUUAUAUUUAAUUACCAUUAUUCAUUCAAAAGUCAGGAGUUUUUUUUUAACCAAGUUUUCUUAACACAUGACAACACGAUGAUUUCAUUAUUUCUUUUAUAGGAAUGUUCUGUUAAUUAUUUAGUGUUUAAUCCCUAGUCGUUUAUAUUUUUUAAUCAGAAGACUUUAAUUAUCAUUUAAAGAGUAGUCGAAACGCAUCAAUAGUUUCGCUAAAAAGCCAAAUGAGGCGCUGGUUUCAUAGAAAAUAAGUUUGUAUUAUCGCUAUUAUAAUUAUAUUGUUCGUGUUGGGAAAAUUGUUUGUCAAAAAUUAGUGAAAUUGAAAACUUUGUUGAUUUGAUGUUGUACUGAUCAUUUGUCUAUUUUUGCUUUUAAUUAGUUCGUUGUCUUUAGGGGGUAUUUAUUCAAAUUUGCGCUAAAAUGUUGGUUGGUAAAAUUCCAAAACAAGGCAGUGAAAAAAGUUUGAUACAUUGCAAUUCAAGUUCAAAUUUAUUUCCCAGCAAUUUAUCAAAAGUUGAGAUUGACCGGAAAUUUUAAAACGGAAUUGAAAACGAGCGCAACUAAAGUGUGGAGUUUAAAAAUCUCCAUCUAUCAAAUUCCGUCUGUAUUAUACCAGCCAAAAGCUACUUACUAAUAAUUAAUAACUAAUAAUUAAGAAUUAAUUAAUAUAUUCGCAACGCCUAAUGCUAAUGAGCAGUAUGCAAUCGAUAUUUUACCAAACGCUUGUGUGAUUAGAUUUUGCAUUCUGUGAUACAUGUACACAACUUUUUUGCUUUUCUGAGGCCCCGACUCGAUGUAUAUUUGAAAAAUACGAGUUGGGUGUAGACUUGGCUGAAAUUUGGUAGAAAAUACAGUAAUUGUGCGAUCAUUAAUCGAAUCGUAAUCUAAUUGUUAUCGGGCUUGAGACGAGUGCUGUAUAUUCCACUGUAAAUUAUUAGAGAUAACAAUCACUAGCUUUACGAUUUUACAACGAAUGGAUAUACAUAUUUCUGGUAUAAGAUAUAUUUUAUAUUUACACUUACAUGUACUUAAAAGACGAAUUCAUGCUUCCGUCUAAUUGGGAGGGCCGAUUCUUUCUCAAUUUAAAAAUUCACUUUUUCCUCCAUUCUAGGAGUUUAGACUCUGGCUUCUAUUGUAUUUUUUGUGAGUAGUUUUUUAGAGUUCGAGGUUUAAAAUUUUGAAAAUAAUGAGGGAUUUCAUGUGCUAACCUUCCAGAUUCAUUUCAAAAUUUUUGUUAAAUGCCAGCUAAUAUUUUUACAAGGAAUUUGAAGUAUAAAAUCAUUAUCUCAAGCUUUUUUUAACUUUUAUUAUUUAUUUCUUUUUCGCGAGAUAGUCAUUUAUUCUUACAGUAUUUGUGGAAUAUUUUCUGAUUUCAGCAGUUUCUUGCAAAAUGAUUCUUUAAUACAAAUGGGUUUUCAACACUCCUAUAAAUUACAAGACUUUUCUAGGAUAUUCUAUAAUGUUUCGGAAUGUUCUAUACUAUUUCGGAAUGCUCUAAAUUAACUUGAAUUUUCCAAAUAUUUUGAAACUUUUAUCAUUUCGAUCUGUCAUUUAUUCUUAUUUUAAAUGUGGCCGA